AUGCCCAGGCCGACCACUUCUCGUCAGAACCAGAACCAGAACCAGAACCAAUCAUCCGCAUCCCAACGUGCUACCCCCCUGGAGGGAAUUUCUCCAGAGGUCCUUGCGAUGGGCAAACUCAUCGCCACCAUGAAGGACACGGUCCACGCCCUUCAUGAACACUUUAAUAUACUCGGGAAAGAGAUGGAGCAGGUCGCCGAACUGGCACCCGCAGUAAAGGCAGCGGAACUGGUUGAUAAGAUCCGUGGAGAAAUACAGAAGCAAGUGAAAGAUCGAGAGGAGAAGAUAGCGGCCCUCAAACGCGAACUCGAGAGGCGCGUCGAGCAAGAGAUACGCGAAAAACUCUAUAAUGAGGCAAAGUCCACAAUCAAGGACGCUGUCCAACGAAGAGUUUCGGAGAAGGUUGGACGUUUGCUGGCCGACCAGGUUCCAAAUGAUUUACGCGUACAAGUCGCGGGACACAAACGGCAGAUAUUGGAAAUACAGACAAAUCUGCAUAAUACGGAGGCUCGCCGUUUCAAUUCCUCGUUGCAAUCGCCAACCGAUUCGUUUCGGCCAUUGCGACGUCCUGCUCUCCCGGAAUCAGUGGAAACACCUGCCACAGCUGUAGAGCCUCCAACGCCGUCGAAGAAGUUUCCUGAGAACUUGGGAAAAUUGUGGCUACUACCCCUUUCCGACCUCAAGUUGCUCGUGCAGGAAUAUGGCGUCGAUAUUCUCAAACCCCAGGAUGGUAGCAAAUCAAAGCUUGGUUCCCCAACGACCCCGGAUUCGGCUUCGACGCUCGUCGGCGAUGAAACAGAACUUUCCCGAGAAGAGAUGAUAAAUGCAUUUAUGACUCACAUCGGGGCUCCAUUCCGCGUAUUACCUGCCGCUUCAUCCCCAGUCGCAAAGAAACUAUCUUCGCCUCUUGUCACCAAGGUUAAUAACCGGCCGUGCUUCGCAUGA